AUGGGAAGUUCAUCAGAGCAAGAACAUUUGAAUCGAAUUCUGGUCGACUACCUCAAUUCCAUUCAUGAAACUCUUCAGGUAUUGGAUCAAACAGCAGCUUCGUCCCUUGAAAAAGUGAGCUGGAAUCAAGUUGUUCAAGUGGGUGAACAGCUCUCCAGAGAAGCUACAAUGGUGGGAAUGCUUUGGACUGGAGAAAAACCACAAGUAAAAUCCCUGGAAGAAAUAAUGGCCUCAUUCUUCAAUACACUUCAGGGUUUCCUUUUGCUUGCUCAUGGAAGUACUGUGGGCGCAGGACCCACCCUUGCUUCUUGCAUUCACACAUCAGCAAAGCAAGUUGUUGAUAGAAGUUUCACUCUGAUGAAAGAGUCAGUUUCGUCUUUUGGAUCUCUCAGUGGAAAACAUACUCUUCCAAUUCCAGAGUUGGUUGGUUCAGUCUGGGAAUCUUGUUCUGCUCUUAAGAAGACCCCAUCAACCAAUGUCACUGCAAUAGGACGAGCAAUGACACAGGUUACUGUCUCAAUCAAGGAUGUUCUUCGUGAAAUGAAAGAGUUGAAGGAAGCUUCCUCUGAUCCCCGUGAGGAAAUUAACGAUGAGGCCCCUGGUGAAGGAGACGGCAUGCAAGAGAGUGACGCUGAUGUUGAUGCUGAUGACUUGGGGAAUGACCUUUCACCUGAAGAUAUGAAGAUUGCUCAGGCGACUUCUGUCGUCGUCUCUGAAAUCCUUGUGGUAAUAAAUAAGCUUAUUCGCUCCAUUGUAGGAUUGCUGAAGCAGGAAACACAAGGAGCUUUGGUUAAUUCUGUUGACUCUCUGGAAAGACUGGUCAAGUUCUGUCAACAUGUUGAAACACAAAUUGAGGAGCUUGGAGCUUGUCUCUACCCCCCACAGGAAAUCCCUGUCAUGAAAACGGCUUUAGGAAAAAUCUCUGCCACUAUCGAUGAAAUUCAAGUGGGUUUGGAACAAAUUGGAGGCUCUUCUGAAGAUUUUGUCCAAGCAUGCACUAAUCUGAAGAGUUUGAUGAGACAGUUAGAUCUUGAAUUAGGAUGCUCCAAUGCUAUUGAUUUAGUGUCUCAUAUUGAGAGCCUUGGUGUGUAG